CCGUCUUUAUGUCUUUGUUCUAUACUCUCUGCUCUUGCUCUAACCUUAUUCUAUACUCUCUGAUGUUAUGCGUUAGCGUUAGCCUUCAUCUUCAUCUUAGAGACUUAGACAUGCCUUCAUCCACCGUUUCCAAAAUUCUCGCAAUGAAAGCUAUUCCAGCGAUUUGAAGAAUCUUACAAAAUGUCUCAAGAUUAUGUGGAGAUCAUUGCAGAAGGUGUGAACCCAACAACAAGAAAUAAAUCAGGAAUCAAACAGAGGAAAAGUAGUACCAUCACAUUAACACCCAAGAAAAUUUAUGAUAUUGAUCAAGUCAACCCCAAACAAAGCCUAUCUCAAGACAUUGCAAGAAGGCCAGGUAAAUUCAUUUCUUCGCCCACAAAGAGUCCGUGGAAGAAAACAUCAUCAGCUCUAACGAAAUAUUCUCCGUUUAGAAAGAACUCUCCAGCCUUUAAGAAUAAGCCAAUAACUUUUUAUUUUCAACAAAGUCGCACUAAGUCAUCUGUGAAUCCUUUAACUCAGGUACUUCAGUCUAUUAAAGAAGAUGAAAAGUUACCUUCACCAGACAAAGAAGCUUUUGAAAGUUUACUAUCUGAUGAUUUUGAUCUAACUGAAGUUGAAAUUGAUGCUGAUGUCCUUUCACCUCCUAAAAAAGUGACGAUCUUGAAAGAGCCCAUGGAGUCAACAUCCUAUGCCAGGGACUCCAGCGCUUUUUCUCCAGAUGAUCCAGAAGAGAACCACUCAACUGGAGCUAACAGUCCGCCUGAAGAAGAUGAUGAGAUUUUUAAAAGAAAAAGAAUUAAAAAGAAAAUAAAGAAAACUUUGUUUCCAAGUGCAAAGCCAGACGAAAAUUUUGAUAAUGUAUCAGGCUCUGUUUCUGGAGAAAGCUUUUCUAUGAAAGAUUCUCAAUUCAUAGACACAGCACAUACUAGCAAAAGUAAACUAAGUCAGAUUAAUGAUAUUUCAAUAGAACUUUUAUCUUCUCCCUUUUACAAAUCCUCUCAAGAAUUUGAACUCCAGAACCAAAAACUUUCGCAAGACUCCAAAGACAGCAAUCUAGUCUUCUCCCCUCAAAAGCCGUCUGAUGAAUCCUAUACCUACGUAGACAGCUAUUCAUCUUGUAUUGAGGCUGCACUCACUGACUGUCUCACUUUCUUGAAGAAAAAUAAAGAAAACGGAAUUUUCGUUGACCUAAUUGAACUCGAAAAAUUUACUGCAAAUGGAUCCUUACACCAAACCAGAAGAAGGUUGUAUGCAAGGCUGUUAAUAAAUCGCCAGUAUAAAUGGUAUCGUUUGCAAGAUCUUAAGAGCUAUGAAGCUGCCCUCAAUAUCUCGAAUGAAGAGCUCGUUUCAGAAAUAAUCAAAUUGGAAGAAGAAGGUUUCUUAACUUCUAACCUGAAUAGUUUAGAUUUACCAUCAAUGUUGAAUUUAUUACAAGUGAAAGAUCUCAAAAGCUUGUGCAAAAUUAUUCGUGUCAGUGAUAACAAAUCAAAACCUGAAUUAAUAAAACUAUUAGUAGAUUACGAACGGAAGCAACCCAUACUCAGGUUCUUUUCGAAGACAAGUCAACAGCAGUCUUCAAAAACAUCAAUUCUCAUACAGCAAACUAAAAAACUUCUCGGUCACUGUAUCAAAUUGACUGAUGGUCCUAGAAAUGCUUUCUUUCAAUGUUUACUCUUCGCCACUUAUCCUUUUUUCAGUGGAGAUCCUCAAACAAGGUUAAAGGAUUAUUUGGACCGAUUAGUAAAGGUCCAGAAAAAUGAAAUUUCAUUCCCUUCGUAUGUAGUCCACAAGACUGUUGUUUUUUCUUUUGAAAGGUCAUUCAGCAUGUACCAUGAAGCUUUGAAAAUAAACGAAAAUGUUUUUAUUGCAUUAAAUAGGAACAAAAAGGACAUCAAUUGGACAAAAGUGGCCGAGUAUGCCAACAUUUCAUUUAAUAAAUUUGAAGAAAUUCUUAAAGAUGUCGAAAUCAAUAAUUACGUCGAAACUUUACCGGCAUUUUUACGUCGUUUUACGGCUGGGCAUGUUUAUGCAAGGAACUUAUUUAGUGUCAUUAAUGAGAAUAAAAAGGGUACUGACAAAAAUUUUAUAGUAAAAGCAUUAAAUCUACUCAUAGAUCAAAAAUUAUAUGCGUUUCAUAAGAGAGGCACAUUUUAUGAAGAAUUGGCAAUGACAUAUCAAAAUUAUUUGAAGGACACUGAAAAAGCCCUUUGUAUUGUCUUGCAAGGUUUAAAAGACCCUGAGAUAGACUUACCAAUGAAGUACACUUUGUCUAUUCGUGGUUCAACGCUGGUCAGGAGAAAAACCAAGCCUGUUUCUCAGGGAUUCAAAGCAGAGGUUGAAAAAUAUUUAUUCGAUAUCCCAACCCCUACUAGUGUUAUAAUCAACGCUCGAUGCCUUGAAGGUCAAGCAGGUUACAAACAAAUUUAUGUCACCGAAACAGACGAUGGCGUUGAAUUUUCUUCCGUCGAGGAAAUUGCCAAAUCAUACUACAGAAAACUUGGCUUCACUCAAGUUCUUCAUGAUGAAGGUGGAACAGUAAGAGCUGUGGCAUUUGCCUGCUUUUGGGAUAUUAUUUAUCUGCAACCUUUAACUGUAGUUAAACAUUCAGUCUUCCACUCCCCAUUUCAGUCUCAUCCCUUAGAUUGGGGAUUCCAAGAUUUUUUCCAGCACCGCCGACCUGAAAUAUUGGCUCGUCUGGAAGAAAUGGAAGAAGGAGGUGUCGAAGUUGUCAUGCAGUUGUUGACAAGGGUUUGUGAAGAGUCAGAAAAUAUUGAGAGUGUUAUCAAUUGGAACUACUUGUCUAAAACAAGAUUAAACUUGCUAAAGGAUUUUUUAGCCUCUUUGUCUGUCAAAGUAUUUUGUAAACUCUGCCUUCACCUACUACAAAAUGUGCGUCUUUAUGGCAAAGCUUUUCCUGAUCUUACAAUGUGGAAUCCAUUCCAAAAAAAAUGUAUGUUUGUGGAGGUCAAAAGUCCCAAAGAUCGCUUGUCACAUAAUCAGAGACUGUGGCUCUACAAUCUCUCAAAAAUGGGUGCUAAUUCAGAAGUCUGUAACAUUCAAGCAACCGGGUCAAGGAAGAGGAAGCUAGUCAUUGGAGCCUCAACUCCUUCUAUCACUUAAAUACUGCAGACGGUUCUCUACUAUUUUAUACUUUCGUAAGGAAAAUCCUCCAGGGACCCCAAGUACAAGAUGUUUCCUCUACUGGAGUGCUGUUGCUGCUGUACUUUGAUGUUAGUAAUGAUGCUAUAAAAGUCCACACAACUUUAUUGCUGGCUUUGGCACACCGACAAGAUUGUGGAAGGUUCUGCAAAGAGUUUUAACUUGAGAGAGUGGACCCCUGGACAAUGUGCGAAUUUAAACACUCUAACACACAGGGUGUCCAAAAGUUCUUAUCCCUUCCCCUUCUAAAAGCUUCUGUGUAGAGCCGUUGAGAUGAAACUCGGGGGGAUGAAACUGUAGGUCAAAGAGAACUACAUUUUGGCAUAUCGAAUAUUUGGUGAAGGGGGGGGGCGCUGGGCUGUGAUUGCGCCCCCCCCCCUUGUGAUACCUCCAUCGAAAGAAGAUAAAAAAAAUGUUUUCGCGCAAUACGUAAGGCGCCAUCUUUAUUAUUUUUUCAAAAUGGCGGGAAAUCGGCAUUUUACCUAUUUGUCGAUCGGCUAAUCUGAAACUUGGUAUCCGAAGAUUUCUUGAGACGAGGAAAACGAAUUUUGUGAGAUUUCUUUGAAAAAGCUAAAUUUUUUUCAAGUUUUUCAAAAUGGCGGUAAAUUGGCAUUUGUAAAGUUUAUCAAUGGAUAUGCAUUAAAUUUGGUACCUGGGGACGAAAAGGUCAUAUAUUUCAAAUUCUUUGAAGCCUUUUUUAGAAUUUAGAAAUUUUUAGCCGCCAUUUAGAUGGCGGCUAAAAAUAGCGAAAAUUUGGCAUUUUAGGUUUUCUAAAUUAAUUUAUCUAAAACUAGGCAUCGACUUUUUAAGGCGAAAAAAACGAAUCUGGUGAGCUAUUUUCAAAAUAACAAAUGGGCUUGUUGCCAACUUCUGCUGGAGCAAAAAUAAAAGUUGUUUCCAUCAGUAAAUGUCUUAAAAAUCACGAUGAGUUCAUUGGCGAAGUUUGAUGCCCUCCUAACUUCACAAUUUGUGUACAAAAUUUGCUUUUUGAGCUUCAUGCUGCAAAAACGAUACUACAGCAAAGGUGAUAAUUUCGUUAGAGGAGUCGUUCUACUCAUCCCUGUGCCACUGUAAACUACACAACAUUCAACAUGGCUGACACCAAUCUGCCAAAACACUUGUGCCUGGACGAGAUUCUAAUAAUUUGUUACCAACCCAGUGUGUUUACAUUUACGAUUUCUUCGCGUUGAUAAAGAUCCGCUUUGGUUGACCUUAUGCUCCUGAUUGUGAUUUGCGCGCGGAAGUGUCGGCUAUGUUGGGUGUUGCUAUUGCAAAAGGAUUGAAUAGAACGAUUUUUUCAACGAAAUGUUCACCUGUGCUGUAGUAUCGUUUUUGAAGCGGGAAGCUAAAAAGUACGAGAAUUUCUCACGCAAAUUGUGAAGUUGGGAGUGCAAUUCAAACUUUGCCAAUGCGUUCAUUUUUUAGACUUGUAUGGAUAGAAAUAACUCUUAUUUUUGCUCGAGCAAAAGUUUGCAACAAUCCCAUUCUUUGCUAAAAUGCGAAAUUCCGGCCUUUUUGAGAAGGCUUCGAAGAAUUAAAAAAUAAGACUGAUUUGUUCUUUACAUCCCCCAAAUACCCCAGGAUAUCAGAUUUAAUGCAUAUCUAUUGGUAAACGUCUCAUAUGCCAAUUUUCUGCCAUUUCGAGAGCCAUCAGUUCGGAAAAAGUUAGCUUUUUUUAAAUAAUGUCACCAUCUUCGUUCUGCUCGUUUCAAUUAAUGCUCAGAUAUUGAGCUCUAGACAAAUCCUCCCACAAGUAGGUAUAAUGCCAAUUUUCCGCAUUUCUGGCCGCCAUCUUUGAGAAAAAUGAAGAUAUCGAAUUGCCCGAUUUUUUUUUUUUUUUUUUUGCGAUCCUUUUUCGAACGUGAUAUCACAAGGAGGGGUCGCCAUUGUAAAGAAAAGUUGGGGUUCGGUCCCCUCAACAUUUUGGAUAUGCCAAAAAGUAUUUCUCUUUAAACAUUCCUCAAGUUUCGUCCCAAUAGCUCAACUACGGAAAAUUUUAGGAGGAGAGGGUACGACUCUUGGGAUACCCUUUAGGUUUCUUCCUAAAAAUUUCGCCGAAAUCACGAUUUGCUCAUAGAAAUUAACUGAAAUGAACUACUAACCAAGAUAUCAACAUUUUUAUCCAGCAUUGGUUAUGGAAAAUUUGAAUUUUCCGCUCUUAAUGUAAACCAGAGAUUGAUCGAAUUAAAUUGCGCAUUAAAACAGUUUUA